CCACAAUCCAGCAAGGUCCGAGUCGGAGCGGACCUUCCAAAUCUCCGAUGACUCUUUCCACAUUCGACUCACCACCCCGCGUGUAGAAGCUCUGAUUAGGCAUUACACUACAACCACGACAGCAAAAUGCCAGGAACACGAGGCCCGGUGCCGGUACCGCUCGAGACGCAGGGCCGCGACCUCACCCAGCAAAUCCUCGAUCUCCUCGAUACGAAACAACCCCUCCAAAGCAAUGAAGACUUCCCCGCGAUAUCGCAAGCCGAGAUCAAGGCAGCACUGGACAGGCUAGCCAGUCGGCUGAUGGUGGAAUAUAAGACGCUGGACUCGGAACAAGUGUCUUUGACCCCGGAAGCAGAGAGCAUCGUGGAAAAUGGGAGCCACGAGUUCAAAGUCUGGAAAGCCGUAAAGGAUGCGGGGAAGGUCUCGAUCAAGGAAUUGCCUAGCAUCGUUGGUGCUGAAUCUGCAAAGGUGGGACAGGGCAAUGCCUUCAAGAACAAAUGGAUAAAGAAGGAUGGCGACUCUCUCGUCCUCCUUGUCACAGACGAGCCGAAAGACACAAACCGAGAUAUGCUCAAAGACAUCCAGGCGUCGAAAUCCGUGUCCGAACCCAAACUCCUCAGCGAUCUCAAGAAGCGCAAGCUUGUCGUCGUCACAAAGGUCAUUACCUAUACCGUCACGAAAGGUCCGAAGUACGCGAAGGAGAUACCGAUAGAGCACACCGACUUGACCGCAGACCUGCUCACAAGUGGUGCAUGGGAAACGGCCAACUUCAAGCCAUACAACUUCGCAGCUCUGGGCGCUGCUCAAGAUUCUGGCGCAUUGCACCCGCUGAACAAGGUCAGGCAGGAGUUCAGGAACAUUUUCUUCUCACAAGGAUUCGUCGAGAUGCCAACAGGACACUUCGUCGAUUCUGGUUUCUGGAAUUUUGACGCUCUCUUCGUACCCCAACAGCACCCCGCCCGUGAUAUGCAGGACACUUUCUUCGUUUCAGAUCCACCAAAGGCCGAUAAGCCGCGGGCAGACCCAGCAAGUGAAGCUACCAUGGACGCUAUGGAGGCCGGCUCAAGAAGACUCUUCGCAACCGGAGAAAAGAGGGAGACGAAGCCACGAGAUUUCGAAAAAUACUGGCAAGAUGUCCAGAAAGUCCACCAAGACGGCGCUUUCGGCUCAAUAGGCUACCGAUACCAAUGGAAGGAAGACGAGUGCUUACGCUUGGUCCUCCGAACACACACAACCGCUGUAUCAACCUGGGCACUUCACCGAUUGGCAGAAGAUCCCCGGCCCGCUCGCUACUUCUCCAUCGACCGUGUCUUCCGAAACGAGACUCUCGACGCUACUCAUCUCGCCGAGUUUCACCAAAUCGAGGGUGUGAUUGCGGAUUUCGGUCUCACGCUUGGCGGUCUCCAACGCUUCCUCGAGGACUUUUUCUCCAAGAUGGGCAUCGAGAAUCUGCGCUUCAAACCAGCAUACAACCCCUACACAGAACCUAGUAUGGAAAUCUUUGGCUAUCACAAGGGCCUCAAGCGCUGGCUCGAGAUUGGUAACUCGGGCAUGUUCCGACCAGAGAUGCUGCAGCCCAUGGGCCUGCCCAAGGAUAUGCGUGUGUACGGUUUCGGAUUGUCGCUCGAGCGUCCUACGAUGAUGAAGUAUGAGGUGUCGAAUAUCAGGGAGUUGCUUGGCCACAAGGUUGAUCUUAAAUGGAUCAAGGAGCAGCCGGCUGUGAGGUUCGAUAAGGAAUGAGAGGAUAUGAGCGGGAGUCAGGGUUGAGACCAGGAAGGUCGCGGGAAGAACAGGCGUAUCCAAAAGGUAUGAGAGACGAAGUGUAUGAAUGAUAUGAUAGAUGGGCCGUGUGCGAAGAUAUCCAAAAUAAAAGAAUGGCACCCCUUUGGAGGAGUGCCGUGUUCCUGAUUCAGACUCUGGCUGGUCGUCCUUUACGAAUGACAAUCGAGAGAG